GGGGGGGGGGCGCCUGAGCGCAGCCGGGAGCAUAGAGUGCGGAGGGCAGAGCGCCGCGGUGUCCUCUGCGGCCGCCGCCCGCGUGCUCGGCCGGCGCCGCCAUGCUGCCCGCCGCCCGCGCGCUGCCGCCCGCCCGCGCCUGGGCCUGGGCCUGGGCCGGGGCCGGGGCCGGGGUCGGGGUCGGGGCCUGCCGCUGCCGGCGGGGCGCGCUGCGGGCGCUGGGCACGGGCCGCCCGCGGCGCUCGGAGGCGCUGGCCGGGGCGCCGCUGGACACGGCCGCCAAGCAGUACUCGCCCAAGGUGCGGCAGCUGGUGCGGGACAUCGCCGCGCUCACGCUGCUGGAGGUCUCCGACCUCAACGAGCUCCUCAAGGAGACGCUGAAGAUCCCGGACGUGGCGGUGAUGCCGGCGGGGGCGGCCGGCGCCCUCCUGCCCGCCCAGGCGGCUCCGCAGGAGGAGGAGGAGCCGGUGCCCGUCAAGGAGGAGAAGACGCAUUUCACCGUCCGGCUGACGGAGCUGAAAGCCGCUGACAAGGUGAAGCUGAUCAAGGAGGUGAAGAACUUUGUGCCAGGCGUGAACCUCGUGCAGGCAAAGAAGCUGGUGGAGUCCCUUCCGCAGGAGAUCAAGGCUAAUGUGUCCAAAGAGGAAGCGGAGAAGAUCAAAGCGGCGCUGGAGGCAGCAGGAGGGACUGUGGUUCUGGAGUAGACACCCCGUCUCGUCGCAGAGGGACUGGCGCAACGGCAGCCCACGGCUGCCUGCCCGGGGCACCGGCCCCUGCCCGUACCGAGGUUCUGGGCGUUUCCGCGCGUGAGAGCGUCCUGUGGCUCUGGCGGGAACGCUCCCGUCAAGCGGUCCAGCGCAAGAAUGAUGUGCGGUUCGGAGGGGCUGCUGUCUAGUUCCAGCAUCACAAUGAACUCUACGCUCAUAAAUGUCAAGUGGGUAAAAGCC